AUGGACCUUCAUGGCACUCACACCGGCAACAAUAUUCUCAAGAAUGCAGAUAGGCUCUUCGCCAUCGAACAGGAACUAUUCGAUUUAAGUCUGGAGGAGAAGCAAAGAUACGACUUCAGCAAGGAAGGCUCAUACUUUGGUUACAAAGCCCAGGGAGCUUCUGUUGUGGAUAAAAAAGGGAAUCUGGACAGAAAUGAGUUCUAUAAUGUAUCCAAGGACGACAUCGUUGGAGUCUCAACUCCCCUCCCUGCACCAGAUGUGAUACAUCGAGAACGAGCCACAUUGAAGUCAUUCAUAGAGAAUGCCCACUCGAUUGUUGGCAUAGUGCUCAGAAUUUUGAACCAGCAUCCCCAACUACCUUCCUCGACACUGACGAAUCUCCAUCGUCUCCGCGGGGUCAGCGGUGAUCAAGUACGGUUCAUAAAAGCACCUCCACAGCCAAAGGACGAUAAACAGACUGCACUGGGCGAGCACACAGACUUCGGUAGUGUUACCAUCCUCUUCAAUCGAGUAGGUGGGCUGCAAGUGCUACCACCGGGACAGGGUGCAGAAUGGUGCUAUGUUAGACCACUGCCUGGACACGCCAUCAUCAACCUAGGCGAUGCCAUGGUAAAAUUCACCAAUGGCCUGCUGCGCUCCAACAUCCAUCGUGUUGUGUCACCCCCGGGAGCCCAGACCAAUUCAACAAGAUAUAGCCUUGUCUAUUUUGCUCGACCGGAAGAUGAGGUGAAACUCAAGAGGCUCGACGGGAGUACUUGUAUCCCACCGUUGCCGGAAGGAGUGGUUGAGGAAGAUAUAAACAGUAAAGACUGGAUCAAACGAAGAGCCCUGGGAAAUAGGGUUGCUUUGCACAAAGAAAUUGACUUUGAUAAAUUUAUGGGAACGGAGCAGCAGAGUCGAAGAUUGGCAUAA